CCCAAUGUCAUGCCUCCAUGUUGCGAUGGCGCUGUCAGCAAAUGUAGAUGUUGUAAAUAAAGGUCGAGAGUUCGCACGUAGCGGCUGGAAAGAAAAGACGUUCUUUUGUUGGUCUAAUUAUUUAUUUGGACAGUAUGAUAUCACAGCACGAUCUCAUACGAGAAUUAGAGCCAAAACAUGGCCAGUAGACCUAGAGAUGAUUUAUGUAAAGUUAUGGAUUACAAUAUUUAAUUCUGUGUCUUGAGCGAUAGUUUUGGUUUCGUUGGACAACGAUCCCGAUACAGCGGAAGUGCAAUGGCGUUCCCCUUUUGAAUAAUAAUAAUUGAGUAUGAUUUAAGUUGUAGGGGUAAGUGGAAUCUUCGAUUAAUUGUAAUUUGUGAUGCUUUUAGUUUACUAUGUGUAUUGCUUUAGAGGAGUUAGUUUACUUUGUUAAUUAGUGUUUAGUGAAGAGAAUUGCUUUCGAUGAAAGCGUAGUGAUUAGUUGAUUGAGUUACUGAUAUUAAAGUGUAGUUCUUUUAAUAACUAAAUAUAAAAAUGGCACUUAAGUUGAACCUUAAAAAGGAUGAGUUAAUUACGAUUGCAGAAGAAUUGGGUUUAAUAAUUCCCGAAAAUGCUAAAAUAGUGGAUUUAAAGCGCUUAAUUGAAUCUAGCGAUGAAUUUAAAAAUGAUAUUGAGUUUUUACGUGAUCUAAUUGAGAAUGUUUUGGAAGAAAAAAGGGAAAGGUUAGAAAAAGCAAAACGGGAAUCAGAACAGGAAAUAGAGUUAGAAAAGUUAAAAUUAGCUCAAUUAGAAAAGCAGUUAGAAAUUGCGAAUAUUAGAGGUAACCUAGUUGACACGUCUAAGACUACAGUGACCAGUGAAACGGAUUGCGAUAAUUUAGAAAAUUUAAUAAAAAGUGUGAGAACAUUAACAAUUCGAGUGCCGAGUAAGUCGGAAGGGUGGGGCUUUUUUUUUACUUCCUUAGAAAGAGCCUUUAACACAAAAAAUAUAUCCGAGAAAUAUAAAGCAGAGAUUUUACUAAACUUGUUAGAGGAAAAGGCGUCUAAUAUUUUAACUUAUAUAACAGAGAAAGAUCUAAACAAUUAUGAGGUGAUUAAAUCAAUUGUUUUGAGAGAAUUUGAACCCACAGCGCAGGCAGUAUUAGAGAAUUUUAGAAGGGCAUCAAGAGAAAACGAAACACAUAUACAAUUUGCUUCGCGCUUAACUACGAGUUUCGAUUACUAUUUAAAUUUGAGAGGAGUAAAGGAUUUUGAAACUUUAAAGCAAUUGAUAGUGUCAGACAAACUGUUUCGAACACUAGAUCGAGAUACAGCCUCACAUAUUAACGUUAGGCAGGGCGAAAAAUGGUUUAAGCCACUUGAGUUAGCAAAAGAAUGUGACUUAUAUUUUACAUCUCGAGGAAAAAUUAUAACUGAAAAGAGAACCGAAUUAAGGGCUUAUAACAACAAUCACAAUUCGAAUGGAAACCAUAAGUAUGUUCCGCCUCCUUUCAGAAACUCCCCAUUUACUAGAGAAAACAAAUAUUUUCCCUACACACGCGAAUGUUAUAUCUGUUCUAGUAACUCACAUAUGGCUAAGAGUUGCCCAAAUAGAAGAAAUAAAUACUAUGAGCAAUCAAAUAAAGCCAGUAAUGAUAUUCAAAACAAGACACGAAGUAACACACAAACGUCUAUAAAUAAAUCCAGUGAUAACACUGCAGUGGUUACAAAUGUAAAUUCGAAACAUUUGCAGAGUUCUAAAACUUUAAAUGAAAUUAAUUUGUACCCUUUACAAAAAGUCUCUAUUUCUAUUGCAAGUAGACAAAUAGACGCAAUCAUCGAUAGCGGGGCUGAGAUCUCUAUUUUGAAUACGACCCUACUUCCGUCUUUAGAAAUAGAAGCUAAGGGAAAAAUAAUUUUACAAUCCGCAUUUAAAGAACAAGUCGAGGCGAAAUUAGCUAUAUUGCCAGUUUAUUAUAAAAACCCUGACGAUUGUCUAUUUUAUAGUUCAAAUAUUUUGUUUGCUUUAACAGAUAAACUAAACAUCCCUUGUUUAAUUACACCGGACGCUUAUAAUUCUUUGAUUUAUCAAAAUGAUGAUUCAGCUAAAAUCGAAAACACUUUAGUUUUAGAAUGCGACACGUCAGUAGACGAGGGGGAAGAAAUGAAUAAAAGUUCAUCAAGAGAUGGUAGACAUGAACCAGAUCCUGAAAAGCUUCUUGCUAUUGAAAUUAUCGAAACACCUAAAACCAAGUCAGCUUUAAAAAGUGCGUUAGGUCUCUUCAAUUAUUACAGAAAUUAUAUAAAAAACUAUGCUGAGAUAGCAAAACCAUUGACGGAUUUAACCAAAAAGAAAGUUCCAGAGCUUAUUCCUUGGACUGACAUAGAGGAAUUAUCAUUCCAAAAACUAAAGAAAAAGUUGAGUGAAGCUCCUUCCCUUUAUACUCCAGAUCCAAAAAAACCUUAUGUUAUACAGUGUGAUGCAAGUUCCUAUGGUGUUGGUGCUUGUUUAUCCCAAAGAGAUGAUAACGGUCAACUUUGCCCAAUCAGUUUUGCUAGCCAAAAACUGAACAAAGUGCAGCAAAACUGGGCUACUAUUGAACGUGAAGCGUAUGCUGUAGUAUGGUCGAUCAAAAAGUUUGAAAAUUACGUGUUUGGUGCGAAUAUUGAUAUUAUAACUGAUCAUAAUCCUCUAAUAUUUUUACAGAAGUCAGCACCACAAUCUGCUAAGUUGCAACGGUGGGCUUUAGCUCUCCAAAGGUACAAUAUUCACAUCACACACUGCCCAGGUGCUCAAUUAAAAAAUGCUGAUGGUCUAUCAAGACUAGUAAGUGAUUGA